AUGCGACUCACACAGCUCCCGGUCCUUAUAUCCCUCCCUACCGCCAUUCUUUCCUUCGUCAUCUUUCCCGAAGCCGAAGUUUUCUCGACGCAGACUCGACUUCAAGAUUCUUCGGAAUCACCUCUGAACCUUUCCCCCCAGUCUGCAUCUCAUCCAAAGACGAAUGGAGAUAGCGAAAUCCGUGAAGCGUCACUUUCGCCAAAGUAUAUCAGUUUCAUGCCUUCACGUGUUGGCAAAGAAAAGGUCGAGGAGGUCAAGCUUUCCCUGAAAUAUGCAUCUCUGCCGCAUAUCAUUGAAGAGACGGUUGAAGAGGAAUGGAUCAAGAUUACGAAACUCUCUCCCAAAUAUGCCGCUCCCCCAAGGUCAGCCGGUGACGACUCCGACGAUCAGCCCCUACCUGUUGUGAUUUGGCAUGGUUUGGGUGAUUCCGCCGAUUCCUCCGGGCUGAAAGAUGUUUCAAAUUUGGUGGAGAAAGUCCAUCCCGGUACUUAUACGUAUAUCAUCUCCCUGACGGGCACACGUGGCUCUGCAGAUCGGCAAGCAUCCUUCUUCGGCAAUGUGACGGAACAGAUUGAUACUGUUUGCCAUAUGCUGGCGAAAGACAAUAUUCUGCGAACAGCACCUGCCGUUGACGCGAUCGGCUUCAGUCAGGGUGGCCAAUUCAUGAGAGGUUACGUCGAGAGAUGCGGUAGCUGGGCUCCCAAAGUGAGGUCGUUGCUCACUUUCGGCAGUCAACAUAACGGCAUUGUGGAGUUCCAGAAAUGUGCCAGUGCCACUGACUGGAUUUGCCAGGGUGCCAACGCUUUGUUGAAGAGUAGUACCGUGUGGUCCGAUUUUGUGCAAUCCAGGCUUGUUCCCGCUCAAUAUUACCGAGACACGAACGACUUUGAGAACUACUUAAAGCAUUCCAAUUUCCUGGCCGACAUCAACAACGAGCGCAACGUCAAGAAUUCUACAUAUGCUGAGAAUUUGGCAGCUUUGGAAAAGCUCGUAAUGAUCGUCUUCCAUGAUGACAAAACCGUUAUUCCCAAAGAAAGUGGCUGGUUUGCCGAAGUCAAUGUGACGUCCGACUCGGUGACCAAGCUGAGAGAGCGGCCUAUUUACACAGAAGACUGGAUCGGAUUGAAGAAGCUAGACGAAAAGGGUGGUCUGGCCUUUGUCACCCUUCCUGGGGAGCAUAUGCAGCUGUCUGAAAAGGAUUUGAGCAAUUUAUUUGGAAUCUACUUUGGUCCUGCCGACAAGGUGUUCCAAGAACUGGGCAGGGAUGUAACAAAGCAAUGGAAGUCGGAUUUGUGA